AUGUCUGGGGGCAGCAGCGGCGAUGCGACUCUCUUUGAAGAGCGCUUCACCAUCACCGACCAUGACCAGUCCAAGUACGAUCGAGUCGCUCGCAUUUCCUGCACGUCGGGCGACUCCCAAACCGUCAUGAUUCUCGACAUCAACACCGAGCUCUUCCCUUGCGCCGUAUCCGACUCUCUGCACGUCGUGCUCACCACGACGCUCUCGCCCGACGGGAGCAAAGAAGACGACAAGGGCUGGCGCGAUGUGGGCAAGGGAGGCGAUGCGCCCGCCACCAUUGCCGACUUAUACGACUACGUGUGUCACGGCAAGAUUUACAAGUUUGAGGAAACUUACGAUGGCAAUACAAUCAAUGCAUACAUCUCCUUUGGCGGCCUUCUCAUGUCGCUUCAAGGCCCCGUCAAGAAGCUCACACCUCUGCGAGUUGAUAGCAUCUAUCUUCUGAUCAAGAAAUAG